AUGCGCAGAUGCAACUCUGCCACCCUGCCGUUGCGACGGGCCUUUUCAGCUGCUGCCGGGCCACGGCGAACCAAAGAUGAGGCCUCGUCGGCGCAGACAGACGAGCCUCCAGAACGAGCAUCUUCGUCCGCUUUCCCUGACUUCAAACCGCGCACCGUCUACGAGCCCUCAACAGGCGUGCCGCGCUCCUAUUUUAUUGGCCACCACCGCGCCGCGCUCGACAACAUGCGACGCGUGCUCGCCACGGUCGGUCUUGUCAUUGAGUGCCGCGACAUGCGCGUGCCCUUGACAGCCUGGAACCCGCUGCUCGAGUCGUCGUUGAUGGGCACGGGCGUCUUUACCGAGACCGAGAGUGCGGGCAGUGGUGGAGGCAAUGGUGGCGGCACGGGCGUCAGCAGCACGAGCUUGCCGGGGCUGUCUGGUCCUGUGCGCUCCGCUGGGCGUGCGCCUCUGCCGUCCGCCACGACGGAGCGCACACGCAUCGUUGUGUAUACGAAGCGCGACCUCGUUGUUGACGGCAAGCAGGCCUCGGACUCGCUCUCACCCUCACAGGCCGAUCUUCGUCGCCUGGCCGCGUUCCACGGGCGUGACGCGGAUGCCGUCUUGUUCAUGGGCUCCGACAACAGCAACGACACCAAGGAUGCAGCCUCUGCCAAGACGAGCCGCCGCGAGGCCUCCAAGCUCGUCGCUGCCGUGCGCGCAGCCGCCAAGCGCCAUGGCGAGCAGUCCCUGACGGGCCUGCGCGCCCUCGUCGUCGGCAUGCCCAACGCCGGCAAGUCCACGCUGCUCAACCGCCUGCGCGCCCGCGGCAUGGUCGAUGCCAGCCGCCGCUCCAAGGCCGCCGCCACGGGCGCCCAACCGGGCGUCACCCGCAAGCUCGGCACGCCCGUCCGCGUGCUGGACGACGCCGCCGAGUCCGACCCGGCACUGCGCGGCAACGGCGGCGGCGUGCUGGUCAUGGAUACCCCGGGUGUCUUUGUGCCGUACGUCGCCGACCCCGAGGCCAUGCUGAAGCUGGCGCUCGUGGGCUGCGUGCGCGAGGGCCUGGUGCCGCCCGUCGCCCUCGCCGACUACCUGCUCUUCCAGCUGAACAAGCGCGACCCUGCGCUGUACACGACGCUCUUUCGCAUGGACGCGCCCACCGACGACGUGCUGGCGCUGCUGGACACGGUGGCGCGGCGCAUCGGCAAGCUGGGCCGCGGCGGCGUGCCCUCGCACGAGGCGGCUGCGCAGCAUUUCGUGACGGCGUGGCGGCGGGGCAAGCUGGGCGCGUUCUGUCUGGACGACCUGGACGCGGCGUCCCUGGCGGCGGCGCAGGAGUCGGCACGGCAGGGACCGCCGUUGUCGAUGAACCAGGCGCGGAAGCACGAAAAAGAGCGGCGGAAGGCACGGUCGGCAGCACGGCACAACGGCGACGCAGCAAGCGCGACUACGGGCACGGGCACCGGGGGCGACGGCGGCGUGUCGGCUGCCUGA